AUGAGGGGAAUUGUGCCCCACCUCCCAGUGCACUCCUUCCCCGAGUUCGAGCACCAGCUGCACCGUCUUUUCUGUACCCGCCGCAGCUUCCACAAGCUCUCGCGCGUGCCCCGUCGCGAGCAGAUCCUCCGCACCCAGCUUGGCGCCCGCAGCACAAUGAGCCCCGGCUACGAGCAGUGGACACACGAGCAGCUCGUCGCGCGCAUAAAAGAGCUGGAGUCACAGAUUAUACCAAAUGAUAAAGUCUCCGCGUCUAAACUUGCCGAACCGAACGCUGCGACCUUCAGACACUUUCCCAUACCGUCGCCAGGAGAUGCGGACACGCAGAUACCGUACCGCAAGCCCGCGAAGCAGCAACCGAAGGCUUUCGACGCGUCGAGAUACAGUACGCGACUUAUAGCGUUGAAGUUUGCGUACCUGGGGCAGAAAUAUAAUGGAUUGGAGCAUCAUGCAAAUAAUACGACGCCGCUACCUACGAUAGAAGAGGAGCUGUGGAAAGCGCUGAUGAAGACGAGGUUGAUAAGCCCGACGCCAAAGGAUGACAAAGAGGAGGAGACAUUCAAGAGGUUAGACAGGAAGCAAUUUGAAAAAUGGGACAGAGACGGGGCAGAUGUCAAUUGGGAGGGGUGCGAGUACUCCAAGUGCGGUAGGACGGACAGAGGUGUGAGCGCCUUUGGACAGGUCAUUGGGGUGAGGGUCAGGAGUAAUCGACCUCGGCCGAAGCCUGCGGUUGCGUUGGAACAGGAUGCUGCAGAAGAUGCUAUGCAAGAGAUGGAAAUAGCGGCGGCGGUGGAGAACGAAGAGUCGACGAAACCCUUCGAUGACCGAAGAGACGAGCUCGCCUACAUUCAACUUCUCAACCGCGUCCUCCCACCAGACAUCCGCAUCUACGCUUGGUGUCCCGAACCCCCGCCUAACUUCUCCGCCCGCUUCUCCUGCAAAGAGCGCCGCUACAAAUACUUCUUCACGAACCCAUGCUUCGCACCGGUCCCCGGCACCUCGGGCGUCUACUCCCCCUUGCUCGACACGACCAACACCUCCCCACCCAUGCGCGAAGGCUGGCUCGACAUCGCCGCCAUGCGCCAAGCGUGCAAAAACCUCGAAGGUCUCCAUGACUUCCGCAACUUCUGCAAAAUCGACCCCAGCAAACAAAUCACAAACUUCAACCGGCGCAUCUUCCGCGCCUCCAUCGAGGAAGUCUCCCCCCUCUCCGUCCCCAGCUUCCUCUCGCACAUCGCAAUCCAGAACCCUGCCUCAGGGCAGGAGCCCAAAAUGUACGCCUUCGUGCUACAUGGCUCGGCCUUCCUAUGGCACCAAGUCCGCUCCAUCGUCGCGAUUCUUUUCCUCAUCGGCCAGCGCCUCGAGGCUCCAGAGCUGAUCACGCACCUUCUUGACAUCGUGGCAAAUCCUACGCGCCCGAAGUACGAGAUGGCGUCGGACGCCCCGCUCGUCCUCUGGGACUGCAUCUUCCCUUACGAGCACGAAGUGCAGUCCUCGGAGGAGCGCGAGCACGGCUACGAAGACCGUCUGCAGUGGGUAUACGUCGGCGACGAAGGGGGCAUCGAGCCCAAGUCGCUUGGGAAAGCUAAGGCUGGAGGCGGACCGAGCAGCAUGGGCCGCGGGAAGUGGGGGCGAGGAGGCGUCAUGGACGACGUGUGGGAGUUGUGGCGCGGGAAUAAGAUUGAUGAGACGUUGUCUGCGCUGCUGCUUGAUGCGGUUGCGGGGCAAGGGGAGAGCACGCUGGAUAGGGAGGGCAGUGGGGAUGGGAAUGGGAUGCCUAAGGCGGGUCCUAGGGUGUUCGAUGGAGGGGACGUUGGGAGGGCGAAGGGGAACUAUAUGCCUGUGCUUGAGCGGGAGAGGCAGGAGCCGGUGGAGGUGGUGAAUGAAAGGUACGCGAGGAAGAAGGGGUUGGAUCCGAAUGCGAGGAAGCCGAAAGAGGAGGAUGCGGACGAGUGA